AUGACGGGUAAUACUGAAAACAACGAUUCCGUCAGUAGAGUCGCGUUUAAAAUGCCAGCCUUCUUGCCCGCGGAUUCUGAGUUUUGGUUUUUGCUAUUAGAAAGCAGCUUUGAUUCGGCGGGAAUUACGCAAGACGCGACAAAGUUCGGUCACGCGUUGAGUGCUCUUGAUCCGCGUUACACAGUGGAAAUUCGUGAUGUUCUCUUAAAACCAAAAGCUGAGAGAACAUUUGAGCUGCUCAAAACAGAGCUCAUAAAGCGAAUGGGCGCUUCUCAGGAGCAAAAUACGCGCCGCCUCCUGGAGAACGAACCGCUCGGUGACAGGAAGCCAACGCAGUUCCUAAGACAUCUCCGCAAUCUGGCUGGACCAAAUUUUCCAGAGGAUGUGCUCCAGACUCUGUGGCUUGGACGUUUACCGAAGCACAUGCAAGCCAUGCUAGCAGCACACAAGGAUCUUCACCUGGACAAACGCGCCGACAUCGCGGACUCCGUCGCGGACGCGUACGGAAGUUUGUGCAACGUCGCGGAAACGCACACGGGUAUGUCGAGUGCAGUGCAAUCAAGUUCCACCGCUGGAACGUCAUUCGAGGCCCGGUUUGCCAGCCUAGAACAAACUCUUGCACUUGUGCUUCAGAAGUUCGCUUCCCUGGAAGUAAAUCAAGUGUCGCGUGGUCGCGAUCGCUCACGGUCCAAAUCGCGAUUUAAAUCUCGUUCGCAUUCCAGGGGGCGCCACCAUCAAUCCAGCGGCAUGUGUUGGUACCACUGGAAGUUCGGCAAUGACGCGCAAAAAUGUGAUAAGCCGUGCAAUUUUUCUAGUGCGGGAAACGAUGCGGGAAGUCGUUAA